CCUCUCCACAUUGUCACAGCCCUGCAUCACCACUCUUAAAAGGCUCCUGAGGCCACUCCUCACACCAGCUGCCGAGCAGCCUGACGCUUGCCUCCCUGUCAGCCCCUGCUUGCCUUGAAUGCCCGGUUCUUCAAGCUCUUGGGGGGUCUGACGAGGCUGGGACCAUGUCUACGUUUGGCUACAGAAGGGGACUUAGUAAAUAUGAAUCCAUCGAUGAGGAUGAACUUCUGGCCUCCCUCUCGGCUGAGGAGCUUAAGGAACUUGAGAGGGAGCUGGAGGACAUUGAGCCUGACCGGAACCUUCCUGUGGGGAUGAGGCAGAAGAGUCUGACGGAGAAAACCCCCACAGGGAACUUCAGCAGAGAGGCGCUGAUGGCUUAUUGGGAAAAGGAGUCCCAAAAACUUUUGGAGAAGGAACGGCUUGGGGAAUGUGGAAAGGUUGCAGAAGAAGACAAGGAAGAGAGCGAGGAAGAACUAAUAUUCACAGAAAGCAACAGCGAAGUCUCAGAGGAGGUGUGUACAGAAGAGGAGGAGGAGGGACAAGAGGAGUCUCAAGAGGAAGAGGAAGAAGAGGAAGAGGAGGACAGCGAGGACGAGGAAACUACAACAGAAGCCACAAAACAUAUUAAUGGAACUGUAAAGCACAGUAGCGUUAAUUCGGACAACGCUAAGCCCAAGACAUUUAAAAGUCAAAUAGAAAAUAUAAAUUUAACCAAUGGCAACAGUGGAGGAACACAGAGGAACACAGAGUCGCCAGCUGCCAUUCACCCCUGUGGAAAUCCCACUGUCAUUGAGGAUGCCCUGGAAAAGAUUAAAAACAAUGACCCUGACACAACAGAAGUCAAUCUAAACAAUAUUGAGAAUAUCACCACACCGACCCUAUCCCGCUUUGCUGAUGCUCUCAAGGAGAACACGGUAGUGAAGUCGUUCAGUCUGGCCAACACACAUGCCGAUGAUGCUGCGGCAAUCGCCAUUGCAGAAAUGCUCAAGGUCAAUGAGCACAUCACCAGUGUCAACGUGGAGUCCAACUUCAUCACAGGCAAGGGGAUCCUGGCCAUCAUGAGAGCCCUGCAGCACAACACGGUGCUCACCGAGCUGCGCUUCCACAACCAGAGGCACAUCAUGGGCUCCCAGGUGGAGAUGGAGAUUGUCAAGCUGCUUAAGGAGAACACCACGCUGUUGAGGCUGGGCUACCAUUUUGAGCUCCCAGGACCAAGAAUGAGUAUGACGAGUAUUUUAACAAGGAAUAUGGAUAAACAGAGGCAAAAGCGCAUGCAGGAGCAAAAACAGCAGGAGGGGUAUGAUGGAGGAACCACCCUCAGGACCAAAGUCUGGCAAAGAGGGACGCCAGGCUCAUCUCCGUAUGCAUCUCCCAGGCAAUCUCCCUGGUCAUCUCCCAAAGUCUCCAAGAAAGUCCACACUGGGAGAAGCAGACCUCCAUCUCCUGUAGCCCCUCCCCCUCCCCCUCCCCCUCCUCCUCUGCCUCCCCACAUGCUGCCUCCUCCUCCUCCUCCCCCUCCUCCUCCACUCCCAGAGAAAAAGCUCAUCACCAGAAACAUCGCAGAAGUCAUUAAGCAACAGGAAAGUGCCCAGCGGGCCCUACAAAAUGGACAGCGUAAGAAAAAAGGGAAAAAGGUUAAGAAACAGCCCAACAAUAUUCUAAAGGAAAUAAAGAAUUCUCUGAGGUCAGUGCAGGAGAAGAAAACAGAAGAUGGCUCGCGACCCUCUACCCCACAGAGAUCAGCUCACGAGAACCUCAUGGAAGCUAUUCGGGGGAGCAGCAUAAGACAGCUCCGGAGGGUGGAAGUUCCCGACGCUCUGAGAUAGAAUGGUCUGUAGAAGAGGACCCCGAACUGCUUAGUGGUGUGACCUGAGGUGCAUUGUAAGCUGUUUCCAAAAUGCCUUCUUUAAUUUGAAAUAUUCCCCGACUUCAAAGAUAGUGUCACUAUGGAAUUCCAAAGGGAAUUUUAAGACACAAUCGGCAUGUUUCUUCUGUAAAUAUGAAAAUAAACUUUUUUUUAAAUGUCAUAAGUUCGUAUGGGCAGAAGCCUCGGAAGAUCUCUUUGCAUCUCUGGAGUCUCUGUGACUGAGCUCAAAUCAUUUAGAGAAAUGUACUAUUAUUUUUGUAAUCCCAAUAACCUUAGAUUAAAGUUUUUUCUUUUUUUUUUUAAAGAGAAACUAAUAUUUUUCUGUGAGUUAAUACAGCUGCUGGCUAUGUAUGUAAUAUUGCUAAAUAUUAAAAUCAUUAUGUUCUCACACCAAAA